AGCCCUGUGGCUCAACACCUAUAGAGAUCUUGAGGUCCGAGAGCAGUCAUGGGGGAGAAGCCACCAGAGGACAAGGUUCCUGACACCUAUCCCAUCAUGGGGCUGGCCCAGAAGAGGACCUCACUGCUCAGCGAGAAUUGCCCCGAUCGCGAGCGAAUUCGAUCAGAGAUCUUGGCCACGGUCAAGGCGAAAGGCAUGCUGCCGUACUACGAGAAGUUUCUCUGCCCGGGACCUGCGGGUCCGCCAGAUGAAGCUCUGAAGGCAGCGAUGAAGAAGCAGAAUGAGGAGGAGCAGACGAAGCUGGACGAAAAGAUCAAGGAUGCCAAGGAGAACCUUGGAGACAUCGAGAUCCGCGAUGCGCUCCUGGCGAAGGCGGAUUUCUUCAACCGCAUCGGCGACAAGGAGCAGGCAGUCAAGGCCUACGAGGAAGCCUACGAGAAGACGGUGGGCGUCGGAGCGCGGCUGGACAAUAUCCUCACGGUCAUCCGUAUCGCCUUCUUCUUCGAUGACCCGGCCUUGAUGAAGAAGCACAUCGACCGUGCGAAGGUGGAGCUCGGAAAGGGCGGUGACUGGGAGAGGCGGAACAAGCUCAAGGUCUACGAGGGCAUCUACCUCAUGAUUUCAAGGAGCUGGAAAGAGGCGGCCAAGCUCUUCUUGAACGUCAUGCCAACCUUCACAGCCACGGAGCUGGUGGAAUUCAAGGACUUUGUGUUCUACGCUGUCAUAGUGGCCAUGGUGUCCAUGGAUCGGCCGACGGUGCGGAACCAGUUGGUGAGCAGUCCGGAGGUGCUCAGUGUCAUCAAGGAGACGCCUCAGCUUCAGGAGUUCCUAGAGUCCUACUUCUACUGCCGGUACAAGGCCUUUAUGACCUCCUUCGUGUACAUCAUGGACCUGGUUCGAGCAGAUAGGUACUUGAUGAGGCACGUGAAGUACUUCAUGCGGUCCAUGCGGCUCAACGCCUACAGGCAGUUCCUAGCCUCCUACCGGUCCGUGAAGCUCGAGGCCAUGGCUAGCGAAUUCGGUGUCUCUGCCUCCUUUAUCGACACAGAGCUCUCGUCCUUCAUCUCUUCAGGCAAGUUGACCUGCAAAAUCGACAAGGUCGCCGGGGUGGUGGAAUCCAACGAGGCGGAUGCCAGAAGUCAGGUCUAUGUGGAGAUCAUCAAGCAGGGAGACCUUCUGCUCAACAAGAUGCAGAAGCUCGCGGGGGCGAUUGAUAUGUGAGCGAGUCGGUCGCACAAACGCGGCGAGCGGAGGUGGAGAG